CCACGCAAAAAGAUAUUUACAAAUGUAUCAGGCAAAUGCUGGAUAUGAAAUCACUGAAACAAAAAGGUAUCUUGGAUCUUCUAAAAGGGAAGCGUGCAUAGUUGCAACAAAAGAUUUCAAUGAAGGGGAUGAGCUUCGCUUGUGUAUCGAAAGGGAUGCAUUACUUGAAAAGUCAAAAAUGUUUGGCAUUCCAAUGGGUAUAAGUAUGUGUGGUGGGUAUGGCUUUAUGGCAUUUGAGCAAUCUAGUCUUAGUGUAUCAGCAAAUGAACCCUUAGAUCCUCAAGAGGCUAAAUGGAUUUCAGACAUAAUGAGAGGUGGAUUGAUAUUGGCCAAAAAUGAAUGGAAAGGUUAUGGAGGUCAAUAUGACUUUACCAGUAUGUAUCCUUAUUAA